AUGGUGCGAUCGCUGAUCGACACCUACAAGCAUGAGGGAAAGCUUCCCGACUGCCGUAUGAGCUUCAGCAAGGGACUGGAACUAGGCUACGAAGCUGUCGUCUCUGAUGCAGAGGUCGAGCCCCAAGACUGGUCUGUUGCUGGUCGAGGCAACCUGGAGAGCUGGCACAAGCUGGGUUACAUACCAUACGACGACGAUGACAAGAAUGGCACAGGUCCAUCGAGUCGGUCUAUAUCGCGCGCAGUGGAAUACGCAUACGACGACUUUGCAAUCGCGCUGAUGGCCGACGGGCUGGGAAAGAAGAGCGACGCGAACAAGUAUCUGCAGCGCAGCCACAACUGGCGGAAUCUGUACAAUGAGAACCAGGAGGACCUGUAUCGGAACGAAGCUGGUAAAGUCCAAAAGACCAAGUUCACGGGGUUCUUGCAACCGCGAUACCUGAACGGCAUGUGGCGACAACAGAACACGCGGCUAUGCAGCCCGAUAUUCCAGCAACACGUCUGCUAUUUCGACACGAAGUACGACACAUACGAGGGCAGCCCCUGGCUCUACACGUUCUACGUCCCGCACGACAUGGCAGGCCUGAUCGCGGCGAUGGGCGGCAAGCAGGCCUUCAUCGAGCGGCUGGAGUACUUCCACUCCUCGGGCAUCAACUACAUGGGCAACGAGCCGAACUUCCUACCGACGUACCAGUUCCACUACGGCGGGUGGCCCGGGCUGAGCUGGUACUGGGUGCACCAGUACAUCCCGUCCCAGUUCAACAGCAGCCUCAAUGGGAUCCCCGGGAACGACGACCUCUCGAUGGGCGCGUUCUCGGCGUUUGCCUUUAUGGGCUUCUUCCCCGUCGCGGGACAGGAUGUGUACCUGCUCACGCCCACGAUGUUUCGUAGCGUCAGCAUUAGGACGCCGACGGGUGGGCGAGCGACGCUGAAAUGUAUCGGGUUUGACCCGACGUACAAGCCCAUCUACAUACAGAGCGUGCGGCUCAAUGGGAAGCCAUAUACGCGGAAUUGGAUCACGCAUGAUUUCUUCUAUUAUGGGGGGACGCUGGAGUUUGUGCUGGGCACAGCAGAGAGCGAGUGGGGGACACGGGAUGAGGACUUGCCGCCGAGCUUGUCGAGGAGCUCGAUCUAUUGA